AUGAGCAACCCUGGCUGGCCAGGUUCAGCUGAGUCCUCUCGCAAUCACCCACACGGCGGUGCAGCCACGGCUGGCACGGCUGCCCAGACGUCUUCGUCUGCUGGGCACGCUCACAAUGCCUUCCCUCCCUUGCACCAGAGCGAGACGUUCCCUUUCUACCAGGAAGAGCAUGACAGUUGGCAUCACGACUCACACCAGGGCCUUCCGGCACCGUACGCUCCGUCGCACUUUGCCUCGUCAGGUACGGCCGUACCAUCGCCCACAGCUUUGCACUUCACCGCGGCAAUGCAGCAGAAUGACAUGCGAGAGCCAGGGUAUCACCCGCAUCAUGAUGUUCGCACCAACAUCGCAGCGCCACCAGCUCCCGCGCCUCCCUCUACUUGGGGCCAUUCACACAGCUACCAGCCGUCACCGCACAGCAGCCACGGCACGAGUGACGGUCUGCUACGCCAGCAUUCUUCGCCCUACUAUGGCCCUUCCCUCGACAUGGAAAGCAUGCAAGAUUAUCGGAUGGGCGACGUCUCCAGCGCUCCCGCCUCGGCUACGGUCCCCACCAGCUCAGUCCUGACCUCUCUGCCUACCUCUUUUGCCCCUGCCCUGGUCCGCUCGAUGGACUCCGGCAACAGUAUGCCUAGCUUGACCCUCAGCGGUCUCACCGGCCCAUCCCACCCGAACUCUCCUCACAUCAGAAGAGUGUCAUCAGCCGGCAGCCACCUCAUGGACGACAGCAGCAGCAUAGACAGCGUCGACCCCUCUCCAACAUCACAAAGCGGCGACAUGCACUUCCCGGACUUGACUAGCACGUCGUUGUCAUCCUCCCUCUCCUCACCUACAUCCCUCCACCCCCUCUCGGACCAAGCCCGAGCAGACGAGAUGCUCAAGCGGCUCCGUAGUCGUUCCUCCGACUCAAAGGAAGGUGUGGCGGCCUGUGACUAUUGUCGCAAGCGCAAGAUUCGCUGUGAUCGCCAGAAACCCACCUGCGGAAAGUGCCUGUCGUUGGGCAAGCAGUGCGCUACGACUGAUACGCUCAGGAAGCGGGGCCCACCGAGCAAGAAGGAGAAGGAGCUGUUAGCCGCUCAGGGACUGCACUUCAUUCCCAGCAGGGUCAGGAGAAGGUCCGCAAACGACGAGGCGUCGCGAGAAGCAGCCAUCAAUGCCGCUGCGGCCACGGCUCGUGCGACGGCUCAACAUCAACAGCAGCGCCACCGUCCCAGCUCGGCCUCGUCCUCGAAUUCAUCAUCGCUAUCCGCCAUCGGAUCAACGGCGGCGCAGGAUCCCUGGUGCGUAGCAAGAGGACCUGGAUCCAAGGCAAAGCGAGGCGGCGCCAGCGGUGGAAGUCGAGGCGCUGGCAGCACGCGCCCGAGCACCGCGUCCGAAGUACAUGCAAUGGUCGGUUUCCCGUCGUCGUCUUCCGGCGAUAUGCUGUCUGCGAAUGCUCCGUCCUUCAGAGGCAUUAACAAACAACGGUCCCUUGACGUCACAGGCUUCCGGGCCGCGAAGGCCGAUGUCUUUGGAGGCGGUCCGGCACUCAGCAACAUCACCACCAGCAUGGACCCGCCCUCAGGUGCCAUUGCCAGCAGCAAGAACAGUAGCCGUGACAGUAGCGUCAGCGUCUCGGCGCGGGCGUCACCAACGAUGAUGAUGCAACAGCGUCCGUUCAUGAUGACGCUACGUGACCGGGAUGCAAGCGCGGCAGCACCACUCAGGACUCUGAGCGACUCGGCAGCGGGUCCGGGCACGAGCGCAUCGCUCGAGCAGCAUCUUGUUGCCCCUCAUCAUUACCAGGACCAAUACCAAUCGAUCGGCCCUCGCGAGCACGCAAACAGGGACAUCCAAAGGAUGACCAUGUUGGCGAACUCGCAGAGCGGCGAGCAAGGACACUGGAUGCCAAUGGGUGCUGCAGUAAUUGCUCCAGAUCAGCAUGAUCCCUCUUGGAAUCUAUCCACGGACGAGAUUAACCAACUGCAACAACAGCAUCGUCAGCAAUCCCAGCAGCAGCAGCAACAACAACAGCAACAACAACAGCAUCAUGCUUCCCAACAGCAGCAGCAAUGGUACUCACAGUCACACUAA